AUGGCUUUCUGGAACAGAUUGUUGCCUUUCCUGGCAUUACUUGCUGCGUUGGCUCCUAUGGCUAAUUAUGCUGGCACCACUAAACAACUGUGUGGAUCGGACCUAGUGGAAGCACUUAUGUUUGUUUGUGGAGAUCGGGGCAUUUACUAUAAGCCCAAAAAACGGUGGAAAGUCAAAGCGAGGAAGGUGGAUGCGAAUGCAUUCCUGAAAUACCGCUUAAAGAAGAGAGGAAUUGUGGAACAAUGUUGUGAAAACGCCUGCAGCCACAAUGUUCUAGAGAGCUACUGCAACAAGUAG